AAAAGGUUCUAAUUUAAUCUGUGGACGAACACCGGAGUGUCUUUGAAAACAAGAAAACAGAAGAGUAUUCACCAGCCACAAACGUCUUUAAUGGUCUGACUGUAGCACACCAGGAGCUGCAGCGGCAGCAGGGAUGAGGAUCCGGUUGCAGGGUCCCGGCCAUGCUGCCAGCCUUCUCACUGAGCUCAACCGCUGCCGCCAAUCACGCCAGUACUGUGAUGUGUUCCUACAAGUUGGCAACCGCACAUUUGCAGCACACCGUGCUGUGCUGGCCUGCGCCGGGACGUACUUCCGCAAUCUGUUUGCCCGGGCUCCAGCCGCGUCCACCACUGCCUUCUCUUUGGAGUUUAUUUCCCCGGCGAACUUUGAGAAAGUGCUGACGUUUGUCUACACGGGGGAGAUCUUGACCGAUCUCAUAGAUGUCGGGGUUCUGUACGAGCUUGCUGAGAGGCUGGGUGUUAGUGAACUGGUGAGGGCCUGUCACGCUACCUUCCCUGAUCUGCAGGCUUCUGUGUCUGCGAACUGUAAAGCCAGCAGUCCUGGAGAUCUCCUGGACUCAAGCAUGGUUGCUGCUGCUUCCACAGUGGCUGCUGUCAGCACCGCUUCUGUAUCUGCAUCGUCUGUGUGUUCCUCUGCUGCCUCCUGCUCCUCUCUGUCUUCGUCAGCCGGUCCGUCUGCUGCCCCGACUCCUGCCGCCGCUCCCUCGCCUCUCUUCCAAGCCAGGGCAGCCAGGACGGGCCGUGAAGCUCACACUGGGGCUCUGUCUCUGGACCUGAAGGCAGAAGACCUCCAGUCUCAUAUAGGUUAUGGGCAGAUGGCACCGGAUCAUCUUUUAACCAGCAGCCAUUCCAGUCAGAACGACAGCGUGCUGCCUCCGGGGCCGGUGCUCCAGCUGAAGACUGAGCAGGGGCUGGAGGAGGAGGAGGAGGAGGAGGCAGGAGGCAGCUGUGAGGAAGCUGGCAGAGGUGGACGGAUGGUGGUUUCUGAGAGCGCGGGCAGCUCUCUACCCCGGAGCAGCGAUCCUGCGCCGUCCGACCCCUGCUCCUACCCCGAUUCUUCGGCUCAGCUGGUGGCGGAGGCCUGCGCCCCGACGUCGUCCUCGGGAGAGCCUGUAGGCAGCCUGCAGGUGGGAGCGGUGGAGGGCGGCGUGGUGGACGUGCAGAGGGACGGCAGGCUGAUGUUUGGAGAGGUGGACGAAGGAGAGAACGAGGAGGAGAGGGAGGCGCUGCAAGGGAACGGAGCGAUGGAGGGAACGGAGGAGGAGCAGUGGAGACAGCUGGCAGGCGAGAUCAUCGAGCUGAGCGACGACGAGAACUUCAUGGAGGAGGGAGAUGAAGAAGACGACGAAGACGACCUCGUGUGUGUGGAGAACGGAGAGGGAGGGAACUCAAGCGGCCAGGUGACGGGCAACAUGCUGACCUGUAAAGCCUGUGCGGCGCCGCUCCCCGCAGACCCGGCUGCCAUCAGAAGACACGGCGAGAGCCAUCUGACAGAACUGGGGCUGUGCAGAGUGUGCGGGGCUUCGUUCCCGGACCGAGCUGCAGGCGUCACCCAUUCCCUCACCCACGUCGGCGUGCAGCUCUUCACCUGCGAGAUGUGCCACCUGCAGUUCUGCAGCCAAAACAAACUGCUGCGUCACCACCGCCAGACAGCUUCCAGUUACACGCUACCACAGGGGGCGCUGACCAACAACGGACAAGGCCAGAGCUCCGAGCUGCAGUGCACCGCGUGCACCAAAACCCUCAGCAAGGACUUCCAGACUGUCAGAGACCACCUGCUGAGCCAUGUGUGUCCUCAGAGCCUGAGCUGCGGCGUAUGUCACCUCCCCCAGCUCUCCCUGUGCUCCCUGCUGUGGCACGCCCUCGCCCACCUCUCUUUGCCCGUCUUCACUUGCCCGCACUGUGCCCGCUGCUUCGUAGAGCGCUCCCUGCUGGACAGACAUAUGACUGCGCACGCCGAGGAGGCGGCAGCUAAGGAGAGGGAGCGGUCGGUGCUGAGGGCUUACAGAGUCGGGGCAGAUGGAGUCGUGGGAGGAGGAGGAGGAGGAGGUAUGGCGGGAGCGGAGGAGCUGCAUUGCUUCCUAUGCCCACAGACGUUCCGCUCCUCCUCCGCCUUUCAGUAUCACCUCAGCCUGCACACCACCGAGUCCCUGGGGAGCGGAGGAGGAGGAGGAGGAGGAGGUGUCGCGGGUCAGAGCUGGUUGGGCAAACGUAAAGCCGAUCAGUCUCUGGAUUGCCCUCCGUCUUCCUGUUCCUCCUCCUCUCCGCGGGACGCCGGCGGCCUUGUGAAAAUGAGCAACCUGGGUUUGGGUCUGGGAAUGGGCUUCAGCUUACCAGAUAAGUUUUUUCAAGGGCCGAUACACAGCUUGCCCUCCGGGGUCCUGACCAACGGGAGUUCAGGGCAGGACGGAGGAGUCGGGGCGGCGGGCGUCCGUGGGAAAUGGUACCGGUGUCGCUACUGCGGUAAACGUUUCGCCCACUCGGGGGAGUUCACCUAUCACCUCCGCAUCCACACCGGAGAGAAACCCUACCAGUGCAAAGUCUGUCUGCGCUUCUUCAGAGGCCGCUCCACCAUGAUCUGCCACCUGAAGACGCACGCCGGCGCUCUCAUGUACCGCUGCACCGUCUGCGGCCUUUACUUCUCCACACUGAAGCUGGUGUCGUCGCACAUGGAGCUCCACAAAGACCAUCUGCCUCCGGACUUCAACAUCGAGCAGACCUUCAUGUACAAUGAUCACUCUAAAGAACCGCUGCCCACUGUGGACACCUGAUAGACUCUGUGUCAUCUCUCUCUGACACCUCCUCUGUGUCUGGUUAUCGUGGACCAUAUACCGCAUAUAAUAGACUUAGACUUUUAGAAUGUAGUGGACAUUUAAUCCGUCAGAUGCCGUUCACUGAGUCAACCUUUUUUGGGAGGUUUAGUCUCUUUGAACUAAGAUUAAAAAGAAGCCACUUGGUGGCAGUGUAUCCUGUCUUGUGUCAGUGACAGAGGGGAAGCUGUUAUUAUCUACUCCAAACAAGUCUGUAUCUUUACAACUUCAAUAUCAGGAUAGGUUUUUAUGUCCGUGAUUGAUUGAUACAUUACACUGUUUAUUAAAGUAGCACCUCAUUGUAGCAUAGAAAUUUAUUUUCCUAUUUUUGCAAUCACUAUUUUUCACACACUACGAUUUUUUAUGUCGUGUAAAAGCUUCAUUUUGUCGUCGCACCUUUUCACAAACACGAUAUAACUAGCCACGUGAAAGUCUUCGUCAUUGAACCAUAAAAAAAAAACAUGUUUCUUGAUGUUGUGUCAGCGAUGAAGAAGCAUCUUUAAUGAAUGCUGUUUAGUCACAUGCUGUCUUCACUCGUUGGGAGCAUGUGAAGCAUGUCGUGCUGUAGAAACAUGAUAUUUAAGUGCCCAUCUACACAUUUCUAUGUGAUAUCUGUGUCUUACCUCAUAUUUAUGAUACUAGUGCAACUAUUUAUUGUUUAUAUGCCUUUAUACAUCUGAUUUUCUGUUUAUAAAGCUAUGUCGGCCUUUUUUUUUUUUAAAUGUUGUUUUAGAUUUUGAAAAAGAAUAAAAUAAACGCCUCUU